GACACCGGCCGGCAUCGACGGCUGUCGCGGAGCUCCUUCUUCCAUCGAGUUCGCGUGUGUGACAAACCCCUUCUGGACACCCUGUUCUCUCGCAAACGUUUCUCCUGAUCGACGAGUCACGCUCUGUCCGGGCAGGAGACAGAGAUAGAAAGAGAGAGGGGGAGGAAGAAAGAGGGAGGGAGGGAGAGAGAGAGAGAGAGAGGGAGAGAGGGAGGCAAGGUAAAAGAAGAAAGUGGUACGUCAGUGUUUCGGAGGUGCUAUAGCGGCGUGCAUUUUCGUCUCCUGUAAGAUCGAUUCUGGUUUGAAGGCGAGUGUCUCCCGGAUCUCUCGAGUUUCAGUGCGCGUUCGACGGUGAGCACUCGAUUAGCGAGUAAUCGAUCGAGAAGUUCGUUGGUUCGAAAUGCGAAAGUGAACACUGUCUCGGGGCGGGCGCGUGCACCUACAUCGCGGGACGAUGGCGGAAGUUCGUGUUUGCCGGUUUCUCAUGGUCCUCGCGCUGCUCACGGUGGUCCUGGUGCUCGGACAGAAUCCCGUCGAGGAGAAGACCACCUUCGAGGCUGCUUUUCAAGGACGAUGCGGGCACGGUUCGCCGUGCGAGCAGCUCUGCUACGAGCUUCACGACGGGAUGUACGAGUGCGACUGUCGGGACGGCUAUAUUCUUCAUAAAAAUGGAUACAGUUGCGCCGAGCUGAACUCGACGUCGCCGUCGACCAGCGAACUCGGCGAGCUGGUCGAGGAGGUCGAGAACGACGAAUUAAACAAGGACACGGACGACGACGAGGAUGCGGUCGAAGACAUCCUUUAUAUGCGCGGCGCGUCCUUUACGAUACACUUGGACCCGCCGCCCGAGAACACCACCGCGAAUUCGACGAAGAUUAACGACGAGACUGGCGCACCACUCGAUCGGGUCGAGUUACGAGCCACCUCGCAGGUACAGCUGAACUCGACGUCGCCGUCGACCAGCGAACUCGGCGAGCUGGUCGAGGAGGUCGAGAACGACGAAUUAAACAAGGACACGGACGACGACGAGGAUGCGGUCGAAGACAUCCUUUAUAUGCGCGGCGCGUCCUUUACGAUACACUUGGACCCGCCGCCCGAGAACACCACCGCGAAUUCGACGAAGAUUAACGACGAGACUGGCGCACCACUCGAUCGGGUCGAGUUACGAGCCACCUCGCAGGGCCCGAAUUUAGAGCAGAAGCUUCCGUCGACGAUGGAGAGUAUAGUCAGCACGGAGCCGGCUUGCUCGCUGGAUUGCGGGUCGGCUGGAAAUUGCUACAUCGAGCAGUCUCGAGGCGAGGAAGCCGAGCAGCUCGGCGAUGACGACGGGGCCGAGAACACGGACGACGAGGACAGCUCGAUGCCGAUGGAUCUCGAAGGGAACGACGUCGCACCGCGACGAAAGCAAGGGUCCUUCAGCCAGAGAUGUCAAUGCCCUCUUGGCAGAGGCGGCGAUCGAUGUCAGCUCGAGGCCGAAGUCAGGUCGCCGCGUUUCACCGGCUCCGGUUGGCUGGCGUUCCCCGCCCUGAAGGCAGCCUACAAGCACGUCCAAUUAGAAUUGGAAUUCCGACCCGAGGCCUGGGACGGAAUCCUGCUGCUCGCCGGGGAAAGAGACGAUCUUCAGGGUGACUUCAUGGCCUUGAUACUGCAUCACGGUUUCAUCGAAUUUAGGUUCGACUGUGGCAGCGGAGUCGGCACCGUCAGGAGCACGCAAACUGUCAAGCUGAACGAAUGGAAUACGUUGACUGUCUACAGGCACCGAUGGGAUGCCUGGAUCCAGCUGAAUCAAGAGAAACGUGUCGAAGGCAGAUCGAAGGGCUUGUUUGCGAGGAUUACCUUCCGUGAGCCGCUGUUCGUCGGCGGACCAGGAAACACAACCGGCCUCGAGCGACUUCCGGUGAGAACCGGAUUUAAGGGCUGCGUUCGGCAUCUGGAAGCCAAUGAACACCACUAUCGAUUCCCUCUUGCACCGCAGGGAGACGCGACGAAUGGUUUCGACGUCGAGGAAUGCACCGCAGACAGGUGCAGCAAGGUUCCGUGUUCCCAUGGAGGGAAAUGUUUGACUACCGGCGGUGACACGGCCGUUUGCCUAUGCCCCCUAGGGUACACCGGCGAUCUCUGUGAAACCAGAGUGGAUUUACAGGUACCAUCGUUCAACGGGUCCUCUUAUCUUCGGUACCCGGGUUUGGCGGAUACGUCGCUAUCUUGGCUCGAAUUGGCUGUCACAUUGAAACCGACCGCACCAGACGGUGUUAUACUUUACAACGGCCACCAUAGCGACGCCACCGGCGACUUCAUAGCGCUGUAUCUAUCCUCGGGACACGUGCAGUUCACCUUCGAUCUGGGAACAGGUCCUGCCACGUUGAGAAGCGAGAAUCCGGUGCGGCUCGGCGAAUGGGUCGAGGUGCGGGUGUCGAGGACCGGACGCUUGGCGUCCCUCGAGGUCGAGGACGAUGCUCCGCAGGAAAUCCUGGCGCCAGGCGCUUUCACGCAGCUGUCACUGCCUCUCAAUCUUUACUUGGGUGGCGCGCCUUCGACGGACAUGUACUCGCCCAAGAUGAAGACCACCGCUAGUUUUGUUGGAUGCAUUCAAACCGUCAUCCUAAAUCGCCGGGAGAUUGGAAUUCUUGCCGAGGCCCUGGGCGGGGUGAACGUCGGGAACUGCGGACACGCGUGCGAGGCCAGGCCCUGCGGAGACGCGGAAUGCCGACCCCUCCGGGACCGUUUCACCUGUCGCUGUCGACCCGGUAUGCCGCAUCCUUGUCCAGCGCCCGACGACAAUACGAUCCUCGGCGUUUCGCCGGCGAAAUCGAACGUUGGGGCGCGCUACGAGAGGUCGGUGCCGAGCUUUUCCGGCAGCGAGAGCUAUCUGCAUUACAACGACGCCGACACGAUGAAAAGGAUAAUCAGCUACAGAGUGGACAUCAACAUGCGAUUCCGAGCUAGCAGCAGCAGCGGCCUGCUAUUGUGGAGCGGUCGCCAGUCCGAUCCGCAGGAACAAAGGGACGAGAACGACGAUUUUCUUGCUCUCGGCUUGGAUCGCGGUUAUCUGACUCUGGCGUACAACCUUGGCUCCGGCGAGGCGGUUCUGCGAUACAAUUUAACGAGACUUGACGAUGAUCUGUGGCACCGUGUACGCGCAGUCAGGAACGAGCAGUGGGCAUCGCUGGUCGUUGACAGCGGCACUGGCGUCUCCGCGUCGUCGCCCGGACAGCUCAGACAGUUGAACACUGACACAGGACUCUACGUUGGGGGCGCGCCCGACAUCGUGAGGACAACGGGCGGCAGAUACACGAAGGGCAUCGUCGGCUGCAUCAGCGACCUGGUUCUCGACUCGGACUUCUCGGUGGCCCUGUCGUCGCCGGCGCAGGCCACCAACACGCACUCGUGCAUCCCCUGAAAGACACCGGUACCGUCCGACACUAGGUGGUUAGGUCCUCUCGGGCCAUUACUAGGAUAUGAAAAUACAUCACGAUAAAUCACGCAGCUCGGGCUCGAGCCGAGGCCGAACCCCGGGUCCGAUGGUGGCAGCGUUCAAGGCGAACACGGCGUACACCUUGAGGACCCCUUGAACGCUACCCCGGCCGCGUCGGCGUGCGAUUUAUACACGGAUCAUCACCCUUUUUGUACAGACUCUCUCAUCAACGACGAAACAACGUUCUCUCCCGACGAGAAUGCUAAAGUAAUCACGAAUAAUGUCGCGCGGAAGAAAAAAAAAGAACAUGAUAAAAAAGGCGAAAGAACGAGGUGGAAACGGAGAUCAAGGAAACGGGGUAGGAAGAAAUGUCUCGUCGACGGUUAAGAAUUAGUGGACAGCUUAUACUGUAAAUAUUAACGAAAAAGGUAAUCGCGGUGUGGAGAUCUAUCAGUCGCCUCUCGCGACACACAUCCAUUCUCGUGGCAACUUCCGGUCGCGUGUGUCGAGUCGAUCGCAAUUGGAAUUAAUCCGCGUACAUGGAAUAGACAGAGAAUACGAGAGCGUUCCGUUUGGCAUCCCUAUAAUGUAACGAUGUACGGUGAGAAUUAGAGGUCUGUUCUUUCUCGCUUUCCUUUUCGCCGUUUGUUCGGUUCCGAAUCGGACACGAACGACGAUCGUUUCGUUUCCGAGUUCGCCGCGUGUCCAAGGACGGAAGUUGUUACGGUGAGGAACGUGUCUAGUCACAGUCACGACUGUCUCCGGCCGGAUUAAGAACUCGACGGAGCGCGUCUCGAAGACCGCCCUCGGCCUAAUAAGAUUAAACUACGAGUAGAGAAGUGCACAACCCCUCCGCGUCAAUUUUUAUUACGCCCUCCGACCGGACGUCGCGCGAAAAUCCUUCGAUCGCCGGCCCAUCGUCGGCCGAGAGCCCGCCGAAAAAAAAUGAGGCGAGAGAGCACUCGUGGCCGAUCUGUCACCGGCUACCUUGAACACAUAUGCAUAUGCGAAACCUGCCGGACUACAUAUUCCGGUCCAGAUAGAAACGGUUCGACAAGGUUCGAACACGGUAGCUGCAUCGAGUUACGUGUGCGUCGUGUAUAUACAAGCUUGCUGCAAUCACGGGAUGGUUCGCUUUCAAGGCUGCCAGGUAUCUUCUUGAGAAACCAUCGUACGGCCAUCAAAUCAUUUCUUUUGUCGAGGAAAAUAUUACUUCUCCUCUCUUGAUUGGAUCAUCUCCUUUAUAUAUUUAGUUGAAUAUUUGCAUAUACUAUGAUUAUGUCACGAUAGUUCUUGACCAACUAUAGUAUAGAAUUAAUACUUAUAUACUAUAUUAUUGUUUCGUUAUUAGGCUCCGCGGAGUUUAUGCACCGUCGACGAAGAUAAAUGAACUAUCAAAAGAAUUAAAGAACAUCAUUAUCUUAUGUUCAACCGAGCAAAAUUUCUUCAAUGAGAAAUUUCUAUUUCUUCCUAGUUUCGAUCGCAUCGAAAAAUUUCUAUUUCGUGCAAAAGUCUUUAUCGAACAAACAUUCGUUUCAAUGGCUUCUACCUUUUGUUCUACACCGUCUAAUAUUUUGUGCAUCUUGUUUCACACGAAAUUCUGCAGUUUGUUUAUCGUUUACAGGUCAUUUUUGUUGAAGAAAAAUCAAUCUUUUAGACGGUUUGAAAUUAUACGCAACUCGUACAGUAUUUUAAUUUAAAGAAAAUAGAUAAACGUGUCAGACUGAAUCUGGAAAGAUUCUUGGAUGAUUACCAAGGAUACCGACGGCAGCAUUUAACCCAGAUCAUCCCGUGUUACGCGGACAGCGCCGUAUCAUUUUCGCACGUUCGAGCGGAGGCCUCGGACGCUCGAUAGAGAGGUAUAAUAAUCGAGCGAGUGGAAUUAAAUCAAUUACGAAAGGUACAAGAAGGACCAAAAGCAAUUGACAUCAUCGACGAUGCAAAAGUAGUUUGGGAUUCGCCCCCGUGACGCGGUCACGGCACUAUGUCCGGAGAAAGUGAUCUUUCGCGAGCACGUUCUCCGUAGCCGCCAUUUUGGCGGAGCGUCUCCGAGAAGUGUUUUGCCAUUUGUAAAAAUCACGCGGCAAACGGUUUCCUCGAAACUCGUCCAAUUCCCAGCCGAAUUCAAUGAAUAAAAUCGAACUGCGUUAAUA